AGAAAAUCAAUGGUGCACUAUAAACUUACCUACUUUCCAGUACGUGGUGUGGCAGAAUGCGUUAGACAGAUUUUUGCGUUGGCCGGACAAGAAUUCGAAGAUGUUCGACUCUCCCAUGAGCAGUUUAUGCCCGUAAAACCAGACAUGCCAUUUGGACAGAUGCCAGUGCUUGAGAUCGAUGGACAACAGCUAGCUCAGUCAAAGGCCAUUUGCCGAUUUUUGGCCAGAAAAUUCGGAUAUACUGGUAAAACACCAUUCGAAGAAGCACUUGUUGAUUCUCUCGCUGAUCAGUACGCAGAUUACCGUGUGGAAAUAAAACCUUGGUGGCGUGCUGCUAUUGGGGAAAGCGACGGUGACGUGGAAAAACUCCAGAAAGACGUUGCAGACCCCGCUCGCGACAAAUUCCUUGGAUUUGUCACUAAAUUUUUGAAAGAGAACAAGUCUGGCUUUUUGGUCGGGGAUUCAGUAACUUGGGUAGACUUGCUAAUCUCUGAAUUUUGUGCCACUAUGGUACAAUCAUUCAUACCAGAAUUUCUCAAUGGCUUUCCAGAGGUGAAAGCCCACAUGGAAAAGAUUCAAGCAAUUCCAAAUUUGAAGAAAUGGAUCGAGACGCGGCCAAAAACUAAAUUUUGAAAAGUCAUAGUUGUUGCUCAUGUUCUUGAGUAUAAGUUUUGAAGAUAAUUCCCUCUUUUGCUAUGGCUGUUAAUUUUACAGAAGGUA